AUGGGGACUCGAACGCUCACCGCCGUUGCAGGGGAAGUGUCAACCACGAACCAUCAUACGCUCACUAACCAUGUCUCUCAAGGUCGUCGUCGUCGCCUGCGUGGCUGUCGUCGCUCUGUGCGACAAGGCCCCUGUCUACGCCCCUCCUCCCCCCGCCUACGCCCCUGCACCUUACCACGCCCCGAACCGCCUACCACGCCCCCGAACCCGCAUACCACGCCCCUGCUCACUACGAGCCCGAAUACCCUGAUGUCCCACCCAAGUACAACUACAACUACGGCGUCGCCGACGGCUACUCCGGCGCCAACUUCGGCCACUCGGAGUCCCGCGACGGCUACAAGACCGAGGGCAGCUACACCGUGGACCUCCCCGACGGCCGCAAGCAGACCGUCAAGUACGUGGACAACGGCGACGGUCUCGUAGCUGAGGUCAGCUACGAGGGCGAGGCUCAGUACCCCGAGCACACCCCCGCCUACAAGCCCGCUCCCUCCGCCUACGUCCCCCCUACUCCUGCCUAUGCUUAAAUCAAGACAGAGAAUCACAUAUGUACAUAAUUUAAAUCAUAUUUCAA